GAGCGCGCAGUUAUGUGGAACAAGCUGCGCUAUAUGAGGAGACAGAAGAUCAAGUCGAGAAGAGUCUCGAGAAAGGGGCCGAUCUCCCGACACACGAAACAUGGACAUGCAAAGAGUUGCAGGGAGCUGCUGUCGCCCUGCGGCCAAGCAAGCAGCCGUCGAUCAAAGAUACGCAGUAUCCGCACCGGUUGGGUGGCGUAUAUUGUUUCAAUCGGCCAUUCGUUGUUCUUGUGUAUCCUCCCAAUUCCUUUUUCCCCGAUUUCUUCAAUCUGGAUGAGAUUUGAACUGAUUUGAGUUGAGUUGAUUGGGACAAAAGCAGUGGCUAA